AUGCGUGGCGGGAUCCGAGGAGGGGCGGAGGAGGGGCGGAGGAGGAGAGGCGAAGAGGACGAGGUGAAGGAGGGAGCGAUGGCGACGAGACAAGAGAUCAAGAGCAGCGCAAGGUGGUCCAUGAACAUGCCCUUGGCAGCUGCCGUCUUCCUCUUCCUCGCCUUGCCUGUCGACCCCACGCGCGCGCCCCGUCACAUACCGAAGUUCGCCUUCGACAAGGACGAGAGCCCAGUGAACAUCCCCCUCAUCCUCAAGGUGAUCCUCGUCGACCUCGGGCCAGGAGCUGAGCCUCCUCCCUUCCGGCUCGACAAGGACGAGUUCGAGCGGCUGCUGUUUCAGACGAUGCCUGAGCACCAGCCCCGGUGUGCUGAGACAGGCGAGAAGCUUCACGUCGCGUUCGAGAUCUUCUACGAUGUCAUCCAUGCAAGCCAUGCCGAUAGCUCCUCCCUUGCUCGCGAGGUGGAUGGCGAGGAGGAGGCGGAGAGCAAAGCUGUUCCAGUGUAUGACGUGAUCGUUGAGGGAGAUGUGCAGAGUGAGCUGGAGAGAAUCUACGAGGCCAACUCCAAGUCUGCCAAGUACGACGACUCGCUGCAUCUGCACGGCAAGGGGGUUUACUCCAUUCUCAUCCUCAACAUGGACAAGCAAGCGAUCGCGCCGGACGACGUGGCUCAUAGCAGACAGGCGUCGGCGCACUCGCUUGGAUCCUCUUACAUCUACCGCUACAAGAUGUCUCACGACUCGGCGAGUGGUAGCGACGCCUUCUUGACGCGGUCGAGGUUCGUUGUCCUUGACCUCGCGUCCGGUCCCUGCUUGUUUGGAAGUUCACAUAGCGGUGAAGGCACAGUGACAGUGAAUAGCCUGCCAAGACGAUACGACGUCAAAUGGAAAGAAACAGAGGAGGAGAAGAAAGGAAUGAUCGGAUCGCAGCUGCAGAGGAGAAGUCUUCGUUUCCAAGCUGAGCUUGCUCAAGUCGUUACGUCAUCCAUACAGUAUGUGUUCGCUCCCGAUGUUCAGGUCGGUUCUCGACUAUACGCGCUGUUGAGUCUGUUGGAGCAUGAGAGGAUUGCGAUGGCGCUGAAUCAUGCGAUGCGAACGGACACUGUUCACGAAAGCAAGCAUGGGCGUUACCUGGUACGCCAGAAGAACUACAUCGACUCAACCUUGUUGUUUCGCGCUCUGGCUGAGAGCAGUGAUUACCUCGCGUCCGGCUUGAUCGCUGCGUCUCCCGUACUUUCUCAGCGCUUCUUCCCCGACUUCGAGAGCGAGGAGGAGAUGCACAAGCAGCAGAAGUCCAGGAGGUGGGCGCUAGGGACGAGAAUCCUGCCCGUGUUCGUGUUCUCGCUGGAGGAGGAGUGGAGGGAGGACGUGCUGCUCUUCGACAACUGGCUGCCCUACGCGGCCUCCAAGGAUGUGGUCGCGGUGAUCCAGUCGGGGCACUCAGACUCGCCCGUUCCUUUCUUCUCAGGAAGCUCCUACAUCACCAUGUCACUGCAGAACCCGACCUCCAAGUCAGUCUACCCCUCCACUCAACUUAACUAG